AGUGGAAUAAACGUGUGAAAUAAAAGUGGUCUUUUUAUUACCUAGCACAAUUGGCGACGAAGGAAAAUCAAGGAAAAAGAAAUUGACAAAGAAAAGAUCAUGGAUCAUGGGAAUCAAUACAAUGUACCGCCAUUCAAACGGUCAUUGUUGUCCCCAAAUGAGAAUCGGAAGAAUUGGGAGACGUUCAAGAGGGGAUUCCUCAGUGUUGCACUGGCAACAGCAGAGACAGAUAAGAAGAAACUAAAAGGGAUGCUGCUUGCGUAUGGUGGUCCAGACCUACGAGAGGUAUUCUACCAAAUCCCGGGUGCAGAUAUACCCGGAGAUGACGAUAAUGAUCCGUACAAAAUUGCGUUGAAAAAGCUGGAUGAGCAUUUUGCACCAAAGAGACACGAUUCCUAUGAGAGGCAAAUGUUUUGGUCUCUCAUGCCAGAACCAGAAGAAUCAUUGGAACAGGUGAUUCUGAGGGCAAUGCAUCAAGCCGAGAAGUGUGUCUUUGAAUCGGAGAAGUGCGACGCAAAAACCAGCGCAAAGAUAGACAAGAUCAUAAUGUUGUGUCCGGAAGAGUUGAAGCAGAAAAUCAUGGCUAAACCGAAUUAUGAUUUGGAUGUGUUGCUUCAGUAUAUACACGCAUACCAAGCAGCUAAAGCUCAAGCAAAGGAAAUGAGCAAACAGUCGAGUACGAUUGGUGAAGGUUCAGGCUCGAAUCUGGAGAAGAGUGACCUCAAUGCGGUACAAGAGAAGAAACAGAAGUAUGGAGGGAGACCGAAAGCUCAGGCAGGGCAUUUCAACACAAAAGAUGAAUGUUCUCGUUGUGGUAGAUCCGGGCACACGGCGAAAGAUCCAAAUUGCCCAGCCAUGGAGAAAACUUGUGCCAAAUGUAACAUCAAAGGGCAUUUUGCAAGGAAAUGUCGCACUCGACGAGCACAAAACCUCAAACGGUCAAAUGCAGAAGACGCAUCAACUCCCAAAUCGAAGAUUGCAAAAGUGAAUCAUGUGAGUGAAGAGAAUGAUUCAGAAGAGGAGGAUGGAAACGAUGGAUUUAUAUUCAAUGUGGGGGAUGGUGAUGAAUACAUCUGGUGCAAGGUUGGUGGCAUUUUGAUUGAGAUGCUAAUUGAUUCUGGUUCCACUCACAACAUUAUUGGAGAGAACACGUGGAAGUACUUGAAGAAGAGUGGGAUAUUUGCCCAGAAUAUGACGAAAUCUGUCACCAAACAGCUGAAGGCAUAUGCACAGUCGAGUCCCUUGGAAAUUCUGGGAUCGUUUGAAGCAGAAGUAGUGAUUCAGGAUGUUAAUGGGGAGUUAAAAAGCACGGCGACAUUUUAUGUUGUUAAAGGGGGAUCUCAGCCACUCUUGGGCAAGGCAACAGCCAAGGCCUUGGGAGUUUUGAUGUUGGGAUUGCCAAGUAAGCAACAUAGUGGUAUUUGCGCUGUGCAAGCUCAACAGGGAUCCAAACCAUUUCCCAAAAUCCGUGGAAUUAGUCUGAUGAUUCCCAUUGAUGAAGAUGUCACGCCAGUAAAUCAACAUGCAAGACGGCCACCCAUCGCUCUUCUCAGUAAAGUUGAGGAGAAGUUAGAUGAAUUGCUGAAGGCGGAUAUAAUUGAGCCAGUGGAGGGUCCCAGUGAUUGGGUGUCUCCUGUGGUGGUACUCCCCAAGGAUAAUGGUGACAUUCGAUUGUGCAUCGACAUGAGACAAGCCAACAAAGCUGUGAGGCGCGAGAACCACAUCAUGCCGACAUUUGAGGAUUUUUUGCCUCAAUUGACGAAGGCAAAAUUUUUCUCGAGGCUUGAUGUGAAGAAUGCAUUCCAUCAGAUAGAGUUGAAUCCUGCUUGCAGAAAGAUUACAACAUUCAUCACCCACAAGGGAAUGUUCAGGUAUGAAGAGUAAUAUUAAAUAAUGGACAAGAGAUUAAUAAAAAUUUGAGGAAUAUU